GUCAACUAUGCAUAGCGCUUCGAGAUGGGGGAUACUGAUUGACAAAAGUCUGUCCGAUCCAAAAUGUAUCGUAUAAAUAGGACUGUCACACCUGGCCAAAUAGGAUAAUACCAUCGUCAUCGACUCGAGUUGGUCAGCUCAGAAUCCACCUUUAGGUCUCUCCUCCAAGCUUCAGUUAAACCACUCCACGGAAUCUUCCUACAUCCAGAAGUCUCGCACGUUGUCCAGGAAGAUGCGGGGUUUCGUCUAUGUGUUGGUGUGCGUAUUGGCUUUGGCCUCUUUCUCCCGAGCCCAGUUGCCCGGUGCUGGCGGUCCCGUUUUACCGGGUGGAGGACCAACCAUAGGACCAGUGAAUCCAGACCCGACCAGGACAGAAGCAUGCGCCAAGUUCUGGGUACAAGAAGGAAACAGCUGCUACCUGUUCGACAGUGGUGCUUUCUUGAGACAAGUUGCCGCUUCUCGUCCCGUUGUCGUCAACAACGAGAACGGCCUUUUCCAGGCCGCUGCCAAUAUGUACUGUGGCCAGAUGCACCCCAAUGCCUCCCUUGUCACAGUCAACAGCCUGGCAGAAAACAACUUCUUGUACGAGUGGGCUGUCAGAAUGAUGGUUGAGCCUGAGCCAGUUUGGAUUGGUCUUCACGCUGGCCCAAUGGGACAAUGGCAGUGGUAUAGCGGAGAACCAGUCACCUACACCAACUGGGAAAGGAUGACGGCCCCCAUGGCUGAGCCAGGUCUUGGAGCCAUGAUCUUUGAUGCUGAUAUCAUCGCUCAGAUGUUCAACAACCAGGUGGAGAUCACCCCGCAGUGGGUUCCGGAACAGGCCAUAAACGACCGACAUGCCCUCAUCUGCGAGUACCAUCCCUCCGGUAUGACUGCAGCUGCAGCUACGAAUGCCCCAACCUUUCCUCCAAUGGCCACAGCUCCCCCUAUGGCAGCUACCACCCGCGGCCCAGUCAUGUUUCAGAACAACCCUAGGAACCUUGUGAAUAGUCUCACUGGAGGACGUUUUGGAGGGUCACUCCUUCACGAGAUACCACGAAGACAACGAAUGAGGCCUUCCAAUUACAGAAAGAAUCCUUACUUCGGCAUCCAGCCUUGAGUUUGGGUUUAAUCGAGCUCUCCAUUCUAAAACCCCAAUCACACCACCUACCCCGAUACCCGACGAACAACAGACCGAACAGAAAAGUACAUUACCUCAAAUGUUGUUGAUAAUCGUAAAUAAUCUGUCGGUUUGGAGUCGGUCGGGAGUCGGUUUGAUGGUAUGACAGGGGUGAAACACUUCCCAUACAACCCACUUAGACAUGAUGAAUGAAAUCCGAAAGAUUCAUCAUCAAAUAUCCACUGGACAGUCACAAAGGUACUCUUCUUCAGCACCCCUGAACAGUUUCCGCGGCAGAGGGCGUCAUAUCAAAGUCAUUCUUCUGUUGAUGUUUCUCCGAUAGGCCAACAAAACAUUCCGAUCAGCCUUCAAACAACUUGUCUGUUUUAAAUGUGCAUUGAUAAAAAGAAUGCAUGUGUUUCAUUUUAAAAGAACUUGUUUGUGUUCCAAUUCCGCUCCGUUUCAUUCAUUUCGUGUUUAAAAUCUGUUUAGAGAGUUAGCGUCUUAUAGUUUCAUUUGCCCCAAAAUGUGUGUGACAUAAAAGUAACUACAUAUAGAAUCGAUAAUAUUUUAUUAUUUGUUCUUGUACAGUUUAUUUCAAAGAGAAUCUUUGUAAAAUAUUCCGUGAGUUUUGUCAUGUUCAUGAGAAACGAUGUUAGUCAAUUACAUUUCGGGAUUCACUUGUACACAUUGAUUCUUUGUACAUUACGUUCAUGAAUAAAUGAGAUUUUUAUUUUACAUUUUGAA